GUAAAAGACGAAAGGAUCUACGAGGGUGACAUAUUUUUGGAUCGAAGCACUCAGUCCUUACUUCAGAGUCUGCGAAGGCGGCCAGUCCGGAGUGCCAUUUCAUCACCAAACAAAAAGUGGUCAUCAAAUGUUAUACCUUACACCUUUGGGGGCGUUAGUGAGUAGUAAUUAAAACAGUACAGCAAAAACGAGUGAAGCUCUUUAGUUCCAUAGAUUUAAGGCUCUGUUGUGGUUAUUCAUACGGACAUGAAUACAAAAAAUGAGCUCUAGGGACAAACAGCUUUUGGAAAGCUCAACACACACUAGAGCACCACGGACGUGAUUGAAGCAUCUCCAUCUAAAAAAUUUAGACCGAUGUUUUCGCUUUUGUGAAAGCUAUCCUCGUCACGCAUUGCAUUUGACAUCAGAAAUGACAUCAGAAAACACUGCCCCAUACGUAACCUAGACUAUGAUAUAGAUUAGCUUAUACCCAAUUUCGCUUGUUAUUUCCUUUCGUUAAAGGCUCGCGAGUGAGGGAAGCUGUGAAACUUGCAAUCAGAGACAUUGAAGAGCACACGUGUAUCAAAUUUGUUACAAGGAAAAACGAAGAAGAUUACAUAUAUAUUGUGUCACGUGGAAAAUAGUAAGUUCUGAUCAAGGGUAAAGAUAAGAAAGGAGGAGAAAAAUGUUGGUCCACAGGCGUCUCUGAGACCCUCUGUUCCAAGGCAAACAACCAGUCGAGCCUUCAAAUGCCUGUCAUACAACGAAGCACAUUCCAGUUAAAUUAUGCCUGCAGACGUGGCACCCUAAGAGUUCCUAUAAAAACCAAAAACUUCUUUCGAUUCUUAAAACAAAUUUGCUGUUGUUGGGUAGUACGAUGUAGGAACAAGUAGCCCUCAGGAUAUAGACUCCUCAGCUAAAAGUUUUCUCCAGUCGCUGUUUGACAUGAUCUGUUUAUUGACUCUUAGUUGCUGGUCUUCGAUCGGACGCAGCGGCGGCAAACAGCGAUUAUCUUUAGGAAAAGGUUGUGAGCGAAAGGGAACCGCUAUACACGAGUUUAUGCACGCACUGGGUUUCUUUCAUGAACAGUCCCGCCUGGACAGAGAUAAAUAUGUCACAAUAUACUGGAACAAUAUUGAGAAAGGUAUGCUAUUCAAAUUAUAACGAGACAAAAUCGUUGGAUAAUAGAGAAAAAAGAUAAAAAACAGAAAGAUAAUAUCAACUUUGAUUGAUAAUCCGGUAGAAUAGUUGUAUAGUUUCUCUUAAAAAUUUUUUUCGGUCUUCUGUUAAUAAAUUCCUCGCCUGAAUGUGCCAAAAUAGUACAGACAAAUGCACUUUCUCAGUGUUUGAAAUGUCGAAAUGAAAAACAUUGAACAUCAACUAUCAGAGCCCAGGAGCAAAACAAAGAUAGCUUUCCCAUGUAUAACUUCAGCUAUAGAUUACUUCAAUGGAAAAGCAAUAGAUUACUUCAAUGGAAAACGUGCCAAUUUCGCAACUGAUAUAAUCUGCAGGAAAAACCAUACUUGACCAAUUUUUCGCUUUUCAGGCCGACUACAUAUUGCACCGCUGAUAUGUUUCCCCUGCCACAGUUGCAAAUUAAAUUAUUCUCGAAAAUAUUGGGUUAUACAAUGAUAUCAAUAUCUUUAUUUCUGUGGCGCUAAUUCACAAGAGCUCAUAGCUAAGCCCAUCCCCUAUCUAUGUAUGAAUUAAAUCAGUGAGUUUCACUAUUUGACCUCGAUUUUUCUUCAAACACCUUCAGAUCAGCAAUUUAACUUUCAAAAAUACAAUCACGGAGACGCAGAUCCCUUGGACCUUCCUUACGAUUAUGGAUCGGUAAUGCACUAUCGAAAAUACGCCUUCACUGGGAAUGGGUUUCCGACGGUCGUUCCAAAGGAAAAGUGGGCUACCAUAGGUCAGAGGAAGGGCCUUAGUGAAAUAGACAUCAAGAAGAUCAAUAAAUUUUAUAACUGCUCCGCGUACACCACAGCAAGUCCAACACCAAAAGCCACAGCCAAACCGACAGGUUAG